CCACGGUUCUAUAAACCAGAUAAAUAAUUACCAAUCAUAUUAUGGCAAUCUUGAUCAAUAUUUAACUAAAAAAAACUUUUAAAAAUCCUAAUUCUCCCAUUCAUAUGGGAAUGCAUGUUUAAUAAAAAAUAAAAAAAAAAUAAAGAUUAUUUAAAAGGCUAAAGUAAACUAUGGAGAGUAUAGAUAGUUAUAAUUAUGAUGAAAUUGAUCUAGAUGAAUUGAUGUUACCUCCUCCACCAUUGAUUCGUUAAAAUGCGUACAUUGAAGAAGAAGAAGAGACGCCAUAAUUUAUACUUACAACGAAAACUGAAUCUUUAUAUAAGGAGGAGGAAUGUCCCAUAUGUUAUUGUCAUCUAAAUGAAGAAAAUACUGUUAAAUUAUUAUGUGGGCAUGUUAUGUGUUCAAAUGAUUUAAAUCAAAUAAUCUCGAUAUAAAAUUCAUAAACCUUAAAAUGUCACAUUUGUAGAACUCUCUAGAUAGUAAAUUAAUCUUUUAUAUGUAUUAAAUGA